AUGGAACCAGAGGUUGUUGCGGCUGGAAUUGUGAAAAAGAGAAUCUUCAAGAAGUUUUCUUUCAGAGGAGUCGAUCUCGAUGCGCUUCUCGACAUGUCCACCGAAGAUCUUGUCAAACAUUUCAGUUCCCGUAUUCGCAGAAGGUUUUCUAGAGGAUUUACCAGGAAACCUAUGGCUUUGAUCAAGAAAUUGCGCAAAGCGGUAAAAUCAUAA